AUGUCGUUGUCAUAUGAAUUCAUGGUUCACGUUGUUUCACAUUGCCGUGGUAGCAUUUCUAGCUACAACAUGGGAUUUGGGAACGACAAGUGACAGUGUGAUGACUGUAUAUCAAGUUUAGUGUGAACAGCAGUGUAGAAAAUAACAGUUUAUGUCCUAGAUCUGUAUUUCUGCCGGAGGUUGGCGGGGACAAACAGAAGUCACGAUGGUGAAAGAGCAGUUUAGAGAGACUGAUGUGGCCAAAAAAAUAAGCCACAUCUGUUUUGGGAUGAAGUCGGCUGAACAGAUGAGACAGCAGGCUCAUAUCCAAGUGGUCAGUAAGAACCUGUACAGCCAGGACACCAGCCAUACUCCUCUACCAUACGGAGUACUGGAUCAUCGCAUGGGCACCAGUGAGAAGGAUCGUCCUUGUGACACGUGUGGGAAGAACCUGGCUGACUGUCUGGGACACUAUGGGUAUCUGGACCUGGAGAUGCCCUGUUUCCAUGUGGGCUAUUUCAAAGCCACCAUUGGAAUCCUACAGGCAAGUUCACUAUGACCGUAACUGCCAAAAUAAAGGAAACACUUGAGUAAAUGAGGGAUACAAGUAGGAUGUAUAGAAAGCAGGUGCUUCCAACACAGGUGUGGUAUCCUGAGUUAAUUAAGCAAUUACCAUCCCAUCAUGCUUAGGGUCGUGUAUAAGAAUGCUCAGUUGCCCAUUAUCUUGGCUACCAUGGCUAGAAGAAAAGAUCUCAGUGACUUUGAAAGAGGGGGAUCAAAGGAGCAUAGAGGGUUU